GCCAACGCCAAGGGCGUGCGGUAUGAGGACGCCCUGCUGGAGAACGGCAGCCAGAGCAACGAGAGCGACGACACCAGCACGGACCGGGGCCCCGAGCCCGCCUCGCCGCUCAAAGAGACUUCCUUCUCCAUCGGCCUCCAGGUCCUCUUCCCUUUCCUCCUGGCCGGCUUUGGGACCGUUGCUGCUGGAAUGGUGCUGGACAUCGUGCAGCACUGGGACGUCUUCAAGUACGUGACGGAGGUGUUCAUCCUGGUGCCUGCGCUGCUGGGCCUCAAGGGGAACCUGGAGAUGACGCUGGCAUCGCGCCUGUCCACAGCUGCUAAUAUUGGCCAAAUGGACACACCCAAAGAGCUCUGGAAGAUGAUAACAGGGAACAUGGCUCUGAUACAGGUUCAGGCUACGGUGGUUGGCUUCCUGGCCUCCAUCGCAGCAGUGAUAUUUGGAUGGAUCCCUGAUGGCCACUUCAGCAUUGACCACGCUGUCCUGCUUUGUGCCAGCAGCGUGGCGACUGCUUUCAUUGCUUCCCUUGUUCUGGGCAUGAUCAUGAUUGGGGUCAUCAUCGGAUCCAGGAAGAUGGGGAUCAAUCCUGACAACGUGGCCACCCCAAUCGCUGCCAGCCUGGGGGACCUCAUCACGCUGGCUCUGCUCUCGGGAAUCAGCUGGGGCCUGUACAAAGAGCUGGAGAGCAGAGCCUACGUGAACCCGUUGGUGUGCGCCUUCUUCAUAGCCCUGCUGCCCCUCUGGAUCGUGGUGGCCAGGAGGAACGCGGCCACGCGGGAGGUGCUCUACUCCGGCUGGGAGCCCGUCAUCAUCGCCAUGGCCAUCAGCAGUGUUGGCGGGUUAAUUUUGGACAGAACGGUUUCAGAUCCAAACUUUGCUGGGAUAGCCGUGUUCACACCCGUUAUUAACGGCGUUGGUGGCAACCUGGUGGCGGUGCAGGCCAGCCGCAUCUCCACGUACCUGCACAUGAGCGGGAUGCCCGGAGACAGCCCCGAAACGGCCCCUCGCAAGUGCCCCAGCCCCUGCAGCACUUUCUUCAGCUCAGAUGUGAACUCGCGCUCUGCUCGUGUGCUCUUUCUCCUGGUGGUGCCCGGCCACCUGGUUUUCCUUUACACCAUCAGCUCCAUGCGAGGGGGGCACACGACGGCCGGGCCGCUCUGGGUUCGCCCUGGUGACUGUCCCCUUUGUGCCGCCCAGGUCCUCAUCCUGCUCUACAUCGCUGACUGGAUGGUGCACUGGAUGUGGGGCAGGGACCUCGACCCCGACAACUUCUCCAUCCCCUACCUGACAGCACUGGGGGACCUGAUCGGAACAGGUCUCCUUGCUCUGAGCUUCCACAUCCUCUGGCUCAUUGGUGACCGGGAUUCCGACGUGGGAGAUUAGUCCUCCUCACUGCC